UUAACAUUGUUGCGCAGGUGCCACCAUCUACAAUCGCCUCUACCGCAGUGUGAUGGACGGCCGAGUUGUGAACGGAACGGACGCGGGAGACUACCAGCACCCGUACCAGGUCUCUCUUCAAUACGGCCACCGGCAUUUCUGCGGCGGCAGCAUCAUCGCCAAGGAUUGGGUUCUCACAGCGGCACACUGUUUUGACCCUGCUAUGCAAUUGGGCUAUCUGAAUGUCCACGCUGGAACUACAGACAUCAAAUACGUGAAUAAAACAGCAAAGGGAGUUCUCAAGGAAAUUACAGGAGUGGCAAUUCAUAAAGAAUAUAUGCCUUAUAAUGGUCAUUAUAAUGACAUCGCCUUAAUC